UUGUGCAUGCUCUUCUCAGGCAAUCAUGGGUAACUGGGUAGAGAAUGAAGGACUGUCCAUCUUCGUCACUCUUGUGUGGCUGGGGUUAAAUGUCUUCCUCUUUUGGUGGUACUAUCUUGUAUAUGAUGUCCCACCAAAAUUCUUCUACACUAGAGCACUUCUUGGCCGUGCUUUGGCCCUAGCAAGGGCCCCUGCAGCUUGUCUGAAUUUCAACUGCAUGCUGAUUCUGCUGCCAGUGUGUCGAAACUUGCUCUCCUUCCUCAGAGGAUCAAGUGCGUGCUGUUCUACCCGCAUAAGACGACAGCUGGACAGGAACCUCACCUUUCACAAAAUGGUGGCAUGGAUGAUUGCCCUUCAUACUGCAAUUCACACCAUCGCACACUUAUUCAACGUAGAGUGGAGCGUGCAAGCCCGUGUUGAAGAGAAAGGGACCCUGGCAGCUGUGCUUUCUAGCCUUGGUGAUAACCCAAAUGAAAGCUAUGUCAACUUUUAUAGAAAAACUAUUGGGAACCCUGUAGGGGGCCUAUAUGUGGCUUUCACCUACUUGGCUGGUCUCACUGGUGUUAUCAUCACGCUGGCUCUCAUAUUAAUCAUCACAUCAUCCACCAAAACCAUCCGAAGGUCAUAUUUUGAAGUCUUUUGGUACACCCACCAUCUCUUUGUCAUCUUCUUUAUUGGCCUUGUCAUCCAUGGUGCUGGCCGUAUUGUACGGGGGCAGACAGCUGAGAGCCUAGCUGAACAUGAUCCAGAGAUUUGCUACAAGAACUUCACUCACUGGGGAAAGCAGGGUGCUUGCCCAAUUCCCCAGUUUUCAGGGAAUCCUCCUAUGACAUGGAAGUGGGUAGUAGGUCCUAUGUUUUUGUACCUGUGUGAGAGGCUGGUGAGGUUUUGGAGGUCACAGCAGAAGGUUGUUAUCACAAAGGUGGUCAUUCAUCCCUUUAAGACAAUUGAGCUCCAGAUGAUGAAGAAGGGAUUCAAGAUGGAGGUUGGGCAAUACAUUUUUGUAAAAUGUCCAGCAGUGUCUAAAUUAGAAUGGCACCCAUUUACACUAACCUCUGCUCCAGAAGAAGAUUACUUCAGCAUUCAUGUCCGUAUUGUAGGGGAUUGGACAGAGGGCUUGUUCAAUGCCUGUGGAUGUGAUAAGCAAGAAUUCCAGGAAGCAUGGAAGCUGCCCAAAAUAGCUGUGGAUGGCCCCUUUGGAACAGCGAGUGAGGAUGUGUUCAGUUAUGAAACUGUUAUGCUUGUUGGAGCUGGAAUAGGAGUCACCCCCUUUGCAUCUGUACUCAAGUCUGUCUGGUACAAAUAUUGCCACGAUGCCACUAACCUUAAACUCAAAAAGAUCUAUUUUUAUUGGCUUUGCAGGGACACUCAUGCCUUUGAAUGGUUUGCUGAUCUCUUGCAAUCACUGGAGGCUCAAAUGCAGGAGAAGAAUAACGCCGAGUUUCUCAGCUAUAACAUCUACCUUACAGGCUGGGAUGAAUCUCAGGCCACUCACUUCAUAGUACAUCAUGAAGAAGAGAAAGAUGUGAUUACAGGCCUUAAACAGAAAACCCUGUAUGGGAGACCAAACUGGGAAAACGAGUUCAAAACUAUUGCAGGGCAGCAUCCAGGCUCCAGAAUAGGUGUUUUUCUCUGUGGACCCGAGAGCCUAGCUGACACACUCAACAAGCAGAGCAUCAGCAACUCAGAAGCUGACCCACGAGGAGUGCAUUUCAUUUUUAACAAGGAAAAUUUCUAGCUCCCAAGCACGUGGGAGUCAUUCAAUACAAAGUCUAAAGAGUGGACCUCUUUUUUAUUUGGAGUCUGGGAAGGACAGCUCGGCCUCUAAUCUCAGCUACACUAAAGCAAAUCCCCAUGCUUCUUAUUUUGCACUGCGGUAGAGUAGAAGAGUCAAGUUUUGCCUUAAAGAAGUGUACACUGCCCUCCUGGUGCUGGCAAUUUAGCAGAAAUCAAUUUUCUUUGUCUGUGUGAGGAGGUUGCCCCUCCACUGCCUUUAUUCUCCUGCUACUCAUAGUGACCACAGAAAGGUCUAGGCAACCAUAUGCAUUUGGGAGCCAAUUCACAUGAUAAAGCUUAAUGCUAUUAAACAAUAAAGUGUGCUAGCAUAAUGCUUGCUAUUAGGAAACAUCUUAUCCUGGAUAUUGCCAGUCCCUGGAAUGAGGAGGGGGGAGGGAGGGAGGGAGGGGUGACUGGGAAAGAUUGUUCCUUACAAGAAGAAAACUUCUUAAUGCAGCACCACCUUUCAGGCUUCUGAAGGCAAGUUUUAUGCCUACUUAAGAGAGAGUGCUGUCAGCUGAAAAGCAGCCAUUCCUCUUUAGGCAAGUGGAAAAAUGGAAAGGAGUCACCUGGAUUUUUAAGUUCCACCCCCAUCCUGGCUGCAGAGGGGUGAGGAGGACAGACUCAAACCAAGUCCCACACCCAGCAUGUGAGCUAUCACUCAGCUGCUUUGAACACUCUCAGUUUCACAUCUUCAAAUGGUGCAGGGAACCAAAAAAAAAGCAGUUUUAUGGUUUCAAGACUGCUGUUUCAGAUUUCCAAGUCUGAAAAUGCUUAUGGCUAAAUGAUUUACUAGGUAUUUUCUCAAGCACUCUUAAAUACAAACAGU